AUGGUGCUCGAAAUCCGCAUCACGGACCCGUCGGAGAAACCGUUCCUCGAGCCGGACCACGCUACGGCCGACCGGCAGAACAACAACAACCAUGGCAACCCGCCGGCGGAUCCGGUCACCGGUAGUCGAUCGUCACCGGAGCGGAACCGCAUCGGGCGCGAAGAGCUGGAAGCGAUCAAGACGAAUCUGUUGAACACAGGGAACGAGGUCACGUUUAGCAGCGUGCUCGACUCGGACCUCGGUCCGUCGGAGAAGGGCAACUACGGGAAGAACCUGAGCAUGUCCCAGCUGAAGGUGCCGCCGGCCGGGACGGGCGUCGGCAAUGGGCGCCGAUCGCGCCUCAACUCGGAGGUGUCCGAGGCCGACUCGAUACUGUCGUCGCUGCAGGAGCCGGUCAAGAAGAAGCCACCGAAGAUACCGGACGGUGGCUUCGGCUGGGUGGUGGUGUUUUCGUCCUUCAUGAUCUCGCUCAUCAUGGACGGGGUGUCGUUCUCGUUCGGGCUGAUCUACAUCGAGCUGCUCGCUUACUUUGGAGAAUCGAAGGCUAAGACGGCCUGGAUCGGGUCACUGUUCAUAGCUGUGCCGUUGUUGUCCGGUCCGAUUAUGUCCAACCUCGUGGAUCGCUACGGUUGCCGCAAGAUGACGAUGAUCGGCGGUGUGGUCGGCGGGCUUGGGUUCGUGUUGGCUUCGUUCUGCCAGUCGAUCUUCCAGCUGUACCUCACGUUCGGUAUACUGGCCGGCGUUGGGCUGGGCGUGGGCUACGUGACCGUGGUGGUGAGCGUGGCGUUCUGGUUCGACAAGCGACGAACCUUUGCCACCGGCAUCGGGGCGUCGGGCACCGGAAUCGGCACGUUCGUCUACGCGCCACUCUGCCAGUGGCUGAUUGCCGAGUUCGGGUGGCGCGGGACGACCCUCAUUCUGGCGGGGACCCUGUUCAACAUCGUGGCCAUGGGCGCCCUCAUGCGGGACCCCGAGUGGAUGAUCGAGGAGGCGCGGCUCGAGAGUCGGGCGCAGAGCAUCCAAACGUUCUCGAACUCGAGCGUGUACCUGGACGAAAUCAAAAAGCUCAUCGAGACGGGCAUCUCGCGCGAACACGUCCUCGAUACGCUCGUGACGAACGUGAACACCGAGGCGAACCAGAUGAUCCUACCGCCGGAGAGCUCGGUCCUGACGAAGCGCUACCAGAGCGAGGUGGCCCUGCCGACGUUUUACGCCGAACAGGAGCACCUCAGCCCCGGCGAGCACCACUUCCGCGGGCACCGGGGCAGCAAUCGGUCGCUGCGCCAGAACAUCCUCACAAAGGAAACGUUCAAGCGGGGCUCGGUGCCGGGCAAGCUGGCCACCAGCGCUGCCCGACUGGCCAGCGCCGAAACGCUCAACUCGUACGAGAAACUUACCGAGGACGAGCCAGCGAACGGGAAGCAUGACCGCAUCCGGGGGCUACGAGCUUCGCUGAAAACGCUUAGUGUGACGUCGCUCGAGGACGGCUACUUGAGCGUCAAGCGGCAGCAGGAACUGCAGGAGAAACCGGGUGGCAGCCGGUGGUCGCUGGACGAGGUAGCUUUGGCUGCCGGUGGCGGCGACGCUAACGGUGGCAUCGGCGGCGGUGGUGGUCACGGCAUUGGUGGGGGCAGUUGCGGUGGUCUCAGCACUGGUGGCGAUGGUCUGCGUGUCGAAAAGGGUACGCCCCAGCGCAGCUUCCGUGGCAACUCGCUGGACGUGGUGUACGAGAACGAAAUCUUCAAUCCGGAUGUCGACACGAGCGUUACGCUGGUUGUGCCGAAACAAACGAAACUGAAGUCCCGUCCGGCGGCCAGCGCUACUGCUGGUGAGACGCGUAACGGUGGUCUCAAGCGGCAGCAGCUCGCACGCCAGCAAUCGAUGCGGUACUCGAACUUCUACAAGGACAUGCGGCUGCACCGCAACUCGAUCCACUAUCGGGGCGCACUGCUCAACACGCACCGCUACCGGCUGAAGGCGUCCUCGUGUCCGAACAUCUUCCGCAACUCGAUGACGACCAUCGCCAAGGAGCAGGACGAGCCCUGGUACGGAAGCUUCAUCGACACGCUGAAAUCGAUCUUUGAUUUCUCUCUGUUCUUCGAAUUCCGCUUUGGUAUGCUAUCUAUCUCGACACUGCUGUUGUUCGUUUGGUACAUCAUUCCCUAUUUCUACAUCCCCGAGUACGUCCUGCAGAACAACUACAGCGAGGAAGAUGCUGCGAACCUUAUCUCAAUGAUCGGAAUUUUCAACACGAUCGGUAUGGUCGGUCUCGGUUGGCUCGGAGACCAGCCCUGGGUCAAUGUUUGCAAAGCCUACGCCGUCUGCUUAGCUUGUUGCGGAGCGUCCAUCUUUCUCUUGCCGUGGGCCGUCGGCAGCUACUGGGCCAUGUCAGUGCUGUGUGUGGUAUUUGGCAUUACGUUUGCCAGCACUUUCUCCUUCACGCCCAUCAUCAUGGUGCAGCUGGUGAGCCUGGACGAUUUCACAGUGGCAUACGGCCUCAUACUGCUGGUGCAGGGCAUCGGCAGUCUCGUUGGGCCUCCGAUUGCGGGCUUCCUGUACGAUGUGACCCACCGGUGGGACGAUUCUUUCUACGCGGCCGGUUUCUUCAUCUUCCUGUCGGGAGUGUGCGCCUGGGUGAUCGGCCCGAUAGAGCGUGCAAAUAUGGAGGACGAGGAGGACACCGAAAAAGGAAGUGAAGCCCUGAGCUCCACUGCAACGGCUUAAACGGAUCGUUUCGCUUUCUUUCCGUGUCACAGUGGUGGUGGUGGUGGUGCCUUAUGUACUUAUAUCAACGUGUGUGUUCGUAGAAAGCAAACGUGACAAAUCCGCUCGCCGGAAACCGCCGUAGUUUCCAGAUUAGAACGCCUCCACGGUGUGUCACAAUACGAACUACCUCAGCAAAAGAACUGUUCGGAAAAGCAAACUCACUCACCCAACAAAUUAACCAACCAAGUAAUUAAUAUCGAUUGUAUGCCUUUUUUUGGCCUUUUACCUAGCAAACACCAGCCGGUGCGCUGUAGAAUAACACUGUCUGGCUAGCGAUUUGCAUAGUAUUCCACUUCACGGUUAGAAGUUUUCAUGUUAUUAGCAAAAACCCGUUUCGGCUUUACAGUUACGCAAGAAAAACUGCAAUAGUGUGUUAGUAUGAAAUGUCGAAGUCAAUGUAAUUGCCUUAUACACGAAAAUGCACCCUGUAGGCCGAGCUUAGCGAAUGUUAAAGCUUCACAGCAGCUCUAGGGGGAGACAACCCCUCAUCAACCUGCUGCCACAAGCGCGUGAUGAUAGUUGAUUACGAAGACGAAUUUUAGGGGAAUUGAACGGUAAAAAAAUUAAUAGUUUGAAGAAUUAAAGGAAACUAUAGCGUAGCUUACACUUUCCAGAAUGGCCAUUUCGAUUGAUUUUGUAUUAGUUGGCUACCAAAAGUGGCCGGAUACAGGUGUGUGACUUGUUUGUUGCGUUCGGAAAAGCUUUCCUGUAUUAAAGUAUACCCGUCAUUGCGUGAAAGGCAUUGGCCAAUUUCAAUAGUAAAAUCGACCUUUAUCAUAUACAACAGUGGGUGCAGGAUGCAAGAUAGACACUGAACUGUGGACGCGUGAAUAUUUAAUUUAAACCACACUUAAAACUGUACUUUUAUAAGAUCUU